AUGGAUGAGUACUGGAGAAUGAUAAUUCUUCUCUUCUUCUUGAACUCUUCCCAGUUUGGGAUUGAGAUGGUCUACAGCAUUCCACUGUCUUCUGUCGUCUUCUCAUUCCGAUUUUGUACAUCGACAUUGGUAGACAGCGCAUUGAUGGGACCGAUCAUUGGGAUCUUUGUCCAACUCAUCGUUGGUGCUUGGAGUGAUCGAGUUGAUAGUGUGUGGGGGAAACGAAGACCAUUUCUCUUAGGUGGUGGAUUAAUUUUAACCGCAGGGAUGGUCGUGCAAAUCAUAGCGAGUGGGUUACACUAUAAAUAUUACAAUGACACAUCAAGUGAAUACACAGAAUACACAAAUCACGGCGGAAAGUGUUACUUACCACCGACAUUUUCCGUCUUUUUCGAAUUCUUUGGCCUCUUUUUGACAUAUAUUGGGAGUAACGUCCUCCAAGUCGUCUCGAGAACUUUGGUGUUGGACAUCAUCCCAACAGAACAUCAACACCCCUGCGCACUUUUGUUUGUUGCACAAACGGCAUUGGCAAGACUUAUAGUCGACUUCAUCUUCACAAUAACAUAUGGAGUGGAUUAUAGUCCAAAGACGCUGUAUUCGGUGACAAUGACACUAUUCAUAGUGACGAUAUUUGUUGUGUGGAUUACGUCUGCAAUCACAUUCUUCACUGCGACGGAGUCGUACACGUUUUCUGAUGAAACAACGACGGUCGAGUUUAUUAAAGAAAGUAUCGAGUGUGUGAAGAAGACGAACAAAUGGGUGUUAGUCAAUUGGGGAGUUUUAUUUCUAGGGUGGUUGGCCUACACAUCCUUUGCGAUGGUGAACAAUCAACUGCUGACCUUUUUCUCGUUACAAGAAGAGCGCCACAAGAACAACGACUCUUUUGUCUCAUACUCGAUGCCAUGUUUGCAAAAUUUAGUCUUCGAUGUCUUUCAGUUGAUGUAUUGUGGUUUAAUAAUGUUCAGAAAGACAUAUCCAUGGUAUAUGCUAUCAACAUUUGGAGCUUUAGGGUCGGCAUUUUGUUUAGUUCCACUUAUUAUAUGUAUAGUAUACUUAGCUCAAGAAAGUAUUAACUUUUCAGGAGUUGGAACGUCGGUGGCUAUUGGGAUCUUCUGUUGUCUCUUUGUGUUAAUUGCUAUACCAAUCUCUAUCAACACUGCACAACUCCAAUCAAUUCCAUUCGCUUUAAUGAAGAAUUUGGUGGACCCUUCAAGGUUCGGCUUGUUCAUUGGAGUAUUAAACACGUCAAUUAUAUUUGCAAAACAAAUUAUGUUCAUCGUCAACUACUUUCUCUUCAGAGAUUUGUAUGUAUACCCGAAUCCACUUGGAAUAUCGUCUGAAGAAUAUUAUGGCCAAUCACCACAAAUCAUUACCGCAGCAGCAUUACCAGUGAUGCUCUACUUCGGCUUCUCAGUCUUUUCUUUACUUACAAAGAAGGUGUACUCUAUUAAGGAAUAUUGCGUACAAAGCACAAAUCAACAGUUCUAA